ACGGUUAUGUGCAACUUACAACUGAUAGAACAAAAGAAUGAGGACAAAAUAGUAAAACAGAAGAACUACUAUCUUUCACGCAGUACUGCAGCUCAUUAGUUUGGAAUCAUGUUUAAUGGAUUAAUAGUCAUUUUGACUUUGAUGUUACAUAUUUAUCAGACUUAUGGAAGCUGUGAAAAUAGUAUUUUGUUACCGGAGCUUGCCAAAAGAUCGCGGACAUACAAGGCAGAUGCAGCUGGUACACAAGGCAGUGACCCCAUUGUCGUCGACAACUUUUUAUCGCCACAAUGGUACAAAGUGUCAUUUGAUGGCCAGCAAUAUUUGAUGCCGGAUGCAAAUUCGAUGCCUGCGUAUGAACAGUGUGGAACCAUCCAACCUAUUUAUCUCAGUGGUACACAUCCAGAUAAAGGUACAUUAAAUGAAGUACCACACACAUUUAUCGCUUGCGAGCUUUAUCCUCAUAAUGUCUGUGAAAAUGAAAUUGAAAUCCAGAUAAGGAUAUGUGACGGUUCAGUGCAAUACUACCUACCAAGAACAAGUAAUAAUGCAGCUUAUUGUUUUGAUCCUCCGGAUUUGCAAAAUGUGAGAGAUUUCUCUGAAGCUCCGACUGAAUCAAUAAGUACAUUAACAGUAAAGUCGGAACUUAGAUUUAAGGAAGUUUCUGGUUCGUUGCUACCAUACAUUGCUUUCGUAUGUACAGAAAGCGGCGAUACCGACAGAGGGAGUCAAAACUUGUUUUACUUCACAUACUGGUACAUUGAUGGUGUUAUUGAAUUUGUACAAAAAGGAUAUGAAGGAAUUGGAAAUUUAACUGAAGACAGUCUGCUUUCACGAGGAUUCAGUCUCGGCAUAAUGAUUCAGUGUGGUGUGAAACUUGCAAGAAACGCAACUGGUCUCAUGACAAAAUUGUUUAAAAGUGAAAGUUUUUUUGCCGGAAUUAGGAUUGAAGAAACUUUGAUUAAGAUGUCUUCAAACGAAAUAAAGUCACUAAACAUUCAACCGACAGUUCCAUAUGGUUGUUAUGCACCCAAAGAUAGACCUAUACCCACAGCUAGUUGUAGAACAAAGGUCCAUUUGUUUUCUCCCGAGCGAGAUAGGUGUGUGCUCUCUGAUACAAAUUUGGGUGCACAAAAUAUAAAAUCUCUUCAGGCGCUCUGUGGUUUUGAAAUUUUGGGAUGCUAUCCUGGCGAUCCUGAAUGUAGUGUAACUAAGCAGACUUCAGCUAUGAAUAUUACAACAAGAUUUCUUAGCUACGAUGAUCCGAAAUCGUACGUACUUCGUCUUGUGACACAAAGUGCAGGCACUCACGAAAUCUGGAAAGGUUCUGUCCUCGAUGAUGUUGUGGUUAACAUUAAAGAUGAUAUUGACUUCAAAGAUAAAGUUUGUUUCUCACAUGUAGAUCCUCACAUGUGUACAGGAGAUGGAAAAAUAUACGAUAACAACGAAUUUGCAGGAGAAUUCAUUUUGUAUUGGAAUACAGAAUAUAAUAUUGUCAUACAGGAAAAAACAACCUCGUGCUUUUCGGAAUCGGAAGAGAAAGGACCUUUCUGUACUUGUGCAGUAGCAAUACGUGCUGGUGGAGAUAUUUUCUUGAUAAAUUUGUGUAACGAUUUAAAAUUUAUUGGCAUGACAGCAUGUAAAGAUAAUGGUGCUUUGGUCAUUCGAAAACAGGACGAGCUCAAUUAUCAGGUAGAGACACAUAUUGGGACACUUGUAAAGAUACGAAUCGGACCAAACCCUAGUAAACUUGAUUACACUAAUUUAAUGAACAUUGAUAUAGUCAUGGCGCCUAAAGACUUUAAUUCAACAAAAGGACUGUGCGGAAUAGUUGACUCGAUCAAAGAAAAUGACUAUCAUGACAGAAACGGAAAAGCUCUAGAUGAUAGUGAGGAAUUCAUUAAUUCUUGGAAAAUAGGCUCUGAAGACACCAAUUACCUUAGUCCGACUUGCAAUCCAAACGUGAGCACAUGGGAGGAAGAUGGGGAACAACUUUUCUGUACAUGUGAUUGUUUUAGCGAUGACUUGUCGUCCUCCUGCCGCACACUUAAUCCUGAAGCUGUUUGUUCUCCUACACAAUAUAUAAACUGUACUGUAGAACUACAGAAAACAGACGAUCUGUGUAGUAAUUUUAGAGACAAAUGCCUUCCCGAGAAUCGAAAGAAAAGAUCUUUUACUGUCGAUCCGGAUUUAGAAAUGCAAAGGCGAGCAAAAUUGGCCGAUACAACAAACAAUUCAAGACGAAAGAGGCAGACCAAUGAACAAGAGAACAUAUCAAAUGAGCAAGCGAUUGACUUUUGUACUAAUGCUAUCGGUCAAUCAAUAGCGUCUAAGAAACUUUUUCAAAUUUACUGGAAGGAUAUGUCGACACUUCUCAUAUAAUCGAACAUUGCAGAUACGAUGUUUCAGUAAGUCAAGACAGAACGUGGUCUGAUGCUCAUGUGGAGGUAAUGAAAGAUGCUGUACAAAUCGGAUUCAAAAGGAAGGCAAACUUUACGGAAACUCACAGGGAGACGUUGAUUUCUUUCAAGAAACAGUCUUGUUCGUCA